AUGUUCGAGAAAAAGUUCAAUAUUGAAGUACAAACUUUACAGCCUUUACGUGAGUUUCUUGCACAACUGAAAGAAGAAGGUAGUCAGCCACAACUUAUAGACUUUCAUUAUGAAUUUAAUGAAAAUGAAGAUGGAACUCAUGACUGUCAGUUUGUUAUAUAUUCACCAUUCAAUGAAGUCGCUAAAAAGAAAGAAAAUCCAUUACGUAUAAGGUUUCAAAUCUCUGAACCCAAUGAAGACUUCAAGAAUGUUUUCAAUUAUGAUGCAAUACUUCCGAGGAAAAAUGAAUUUUCAAAGAUUGUAACACCUGGCAUUUGGGAUAGAAAGCAAGCUAUAUUAUAUUCAAACUUAAGUAAGGGAGUUGAAAAUGAGUUCAUUGGUCAUACAAGAACUUCACCACUUCCUAACCCUAAAUACUAUAAAUUAACUGGCUUCAAUCGUGAGUUUUGGAUAGACAUGUUCUCCACUCAUGACCAUAAGUGCCCAGUGUUCUUACCUCCAGAUGGGAAAGAUUGUUUAUACAUUGAAGCACAAUUGUUAAACUCUACAAUAGCUGUAUUGUAA